UUAGGAGAGGCGGAUCGAGGAAUUUGAUAAAAAGGAAGCGCAAAAUUGAGCAAAUGCAAUUUUUGGAAGAUAGAAACAAGAUCAAAGAUGAUGUUCGGAAUCUGGAUCUUGUGUGGAACCGCUUUCUUUUAUUGCCACGUUGAUGCUUUCAUGGAAUAUAGUAAUAUGGUACCUGGAUACAACGCCCUGAUACGACGAUCGCAGAAAGAACCUUGGUGGAAAGGAAGAAUGUUCGAUGAUUUAGGUUACAAUCAAGCGUAUCUGGUCAAAAGAAAUUUCGAUGAAAUAGAUAAUGUGGGGUUCAACGAUUUCGGACCGGGCACCGGACGUUCUUGGUUACCCAAACGAAAUUUGGAGUUGCCAAGUUACAACUCCAGGAGAUUAGUCAAGAGAUCUUCACCCCCUUCCGAUGACGAUAUGAUGGAAAGCAAAAGGCAAGAAAUCGAUGAAAUCGACAAAUCCGGUUUCGGGGGUUUCUUCAAACGUAACUUCGAUGAAAUUGAUCGAAGUGGUUUUAAUGAUUUUGGAAAACGUAAAUUCGACAGGUUUAGACUUGUUAGGAGAGCCGAUGACGAUAAUUAAUUGUUUCUUUGUAUUUUCGUUAUAUAUCUUACCCUCCGACCUUUUAAAUUAAUUCUUUGUAUAAAUUAUGGGUUUAAAUCAUAUGUAUGAAAUAAAAAUUUAGUGUUUGAACUCUA